GAGGAUGGAAGGGGCGUGUGUUUGAUAAACAGGGCGUGUAUUUGGCUGUCACACGGAAAGGGUUUCCUAUAGAGUCGCUGCCAGGGAGCCACGGGAACGCACAGAAGGCACGGAGCGCGGCGAGACGUAAAUUUACAGCCAUCUUUCAGCGGAGCCUGGCUGGGACUUUGCUCAAGUUACUGGUGAAACCUACAGAUUGUCUUUGAUGCUUUGACGAGCUGACAAAGAAAACUGGCAAAGGGCAAGUAAGAUAAGCAGAGGAACAUGUGGAGCUUUUUGACGCGCGAUGGACAAGUUUUGCGCCACUUGCUGUUGUGGCAAAAGCGUGGUGAUAGUUUUAGGCGUUCUCAGCUUGAGUGACUUUUAAAGUCAGUAGUAUGAAGUCAUUUGACAUGGCAUGUUUCCUGCGUUGUGUCCUCAUGCUCAGGGUUGCGACUCAUGGGAUGUAGUAAAUGGAGAGCUGCGUUCAACUUUGGACACCUGAAGGUGCAGUCCAAGCUGUCCGUGUUCUUUACCAUGAUCAUUCUCUUCAUGUACCUCUUUUACUGCCUCAACGGAUACUGUGACUCCCUGCCCAGGCCUGUGUAUGACCAACAAACUAAUUUUCAAAACAAAAUUAUCUUAAAUGAUGGACAAGAAGCGUCAGCAAAGCAGCUCGGCGCGUAUAACGCGUCCCCGGUCUCGUUUGUCCGGGAACAGCUGUCGGACAUGGGAAUCAGCGAUGUUCCAUCCACCAAUAUCUCUAUAGCCAAUACUUUCGGCAGCAAAAAGUUUCCUCAGGCCAUCAUCAUCGGGGUGAAGAAAGGUGGCACUCGGGCUCUGCUGGAGUUCCUGCGCAUCCAUCCGGACGUGAGAGCCGUCGGCGCAGAGCCGCACUUCUUCGACCGUUUCUACGAUAAGGGACUGGAAUGGUACAGGAACCUGAUGCCUCGUACACUGGAGGGUCAAAUCACCAUGGAGAAGACUCCCAGUUACUUCAUCACUAAAGAAGCCCCUCGUCGUGUUUUCUCCAUGAGCCGCCACACCAAGCUGAUUGUGGUGGUGCGUGACCCUGUGACCCGGGCUGUUUCUGAUUACACCCAGACUCUGACAAAAUCUCCCGGGCUCCCAUCCUUUCAGAACCUGGCCUUCCGCAAUGCCACCACAGGCCUCAUUGACACCUCUUGGAGCGCGGUACGCAUUGGCAUCUAUGCCAAGCAUCUAGAGAACUGGCUGCGAUUCUUCCCACUCUCGCGGUUCCUCUUUGUCAGCGGCGAACGUCUGGUGACGGACCCAGCGGGCGAGAUGGGCCGGGUCCAGGACUUCCUGGGACUCAAACGUGUGGUGACAGACAAGCACUUCUAUUUCAACCAGACCAAAGGUUUCCCCUGCCUAAAGAAGCCAGAGGGGAGCAGCAGGCCGCGCUGCCUGGGGAAGUCAAAGGGCAGGCCCCAUCCCCAGAUCCCCUCUGAGGUCCUGCUUAGGCUCAGAGACUUCUACAGACCCUUCAAUCUCAAGUUCUACCAAAUGACUGGCCACAAUUUUGGCUGGGACUGAACGGCUACUCACCAAAGCUCUUAAAAGUUGUCAGUAGCAUUGUUGUUCAUCCAACAACCAAGACCAUGCAGGGAUGCUUUAAAGACAUUGUGUGUUACCAAAGCUUUUACUGUGCAAAAUAUGCUUUUCUUUCAUUUCCUAAUCUAUAAAAACUGAAUGCAGGAUGAUCUGCCAACACACUCUCCCGCCUUCCUCCGGGUUUACAGCAGCCAUGCUAACAAACUUUGUGAGAGCUUCCCGAGAUCCGCUUUAGCAAACAAUGCUAAACAAAGGGGCAAGAGGACAAGCCAGAUUGAAAUAUACUGCUUAUCUGUGUAAAGUUGGAACAUCUAGCACUUGGCACCUUCAGUGCCAGAAGUAUGCUAAGCUCUAUGUGCUGUACUUAACAGCACAACAUCCACAUUGAAAAUAAAAUUAGAAAGUUAAACCAAAUGGCAAGAGAGUAACAAACCUUGGCAGCAGGGUGAAGCUAUGAUAAACCAAAUUACAUAUUGGACCUCUGCUACAAAAACAACAGAAACAGCAAGGAAAAAAGCAAAAGGUUUUGAAUUGAGUUAUGCACAAUGGAACAAUCAAAAUAAAUGUAAAUGUGUGAUGUGUUAAUCAUUCAGAGUCACAUCAGCAUUGUUCAGUUUACCUCUAGGUAAAUAAUCUGAAAUGUUUAUACAGUAUAUGCAGUUAUAGCGAGUUCUUUUCUCUUCAGUUCUUACAAUGCAAUCUCUUAUUCUGGAUUGUCUUUUAAUUUCAUAAAACAAAUUAAAAGUAGCAAACUGCAGGAGUAAACCUGGUACUGAUGCAAAAGGUACAAGUGUAAAAACACAGUUGACUAUGUGCUGUAAAUUUGCUAUUAUUUAUGUUGCCAGUAUAAUGCUAUUUGAAAUGCACACCACAUCUGUAUCUGUGAUUGUUUUCAACUUCAUGUGAUCAACACUCACCUCCACAAAUGGUACUUAACAUGCAACUGUAUAUUUCUAAAAUGCUAAUUUAUAAGUUGACAAGCUAUUGUUGAGAUGUUUUCUCUGAGACUUUUGUAUUUGAAAUUCUGCUGAA